GUAAUUGUUCGUGUUUAUUAGUGAUUGCGAUUUUAGUUUUAUAAUGUCAUCAUUGAGGCAAUAUAAAAGCGGAGCCGCUAAGCGGAAGGCGAAAGAGGAAAAACUAAAAAGCAUUCAAAAAUUGCCGAAAUUGACCAUGUUUUUUAAAACUCCAGAGGACAUUGCAUCUCUACAAGAUCACGAAGGGAAGGAAACAAUUGAUGACGUUGGCUUAAACGUUGGCGAAAUAAACGAACUGGACUCGCAGUCGCAGGAAAACGAGAAUCUUCGAAAAGAUAGCCAGAAUGAAUUGCAACCUAAAUCAACGUCAUCUUCCUCUAGUUUGUGGAUUUCCAAUGAUGCAGGAUUAUGGCCUACAAACUUAACGGAUGAAUUUAGAUCGAGAUGUGUAGAAAAAGGUUCUGAUUAUUUCCAAAAUGAUGACGGCGUUUAUGAAUCAUCAAAACGUUGUUUCAAAACGCCAAAUAGAAAACUGUCCAAUAGACUAUUUCAUAAAAAGAUGAUUAACGGAGAAACUGUACGCCGAAAAUGGAUCAUGUAUUCGCCUUCUGUUGGGAGCAUCUACUGUUUUGUUUGCAAGUUAUUUGCUGUAAAAGGUGUGAGUGCAUUUGCUCACCAGGGAUUUUCAAAUUGGGGUAAAGCAGAAGAGAGCACACUUUCUCAUGAAAAUAGCAUCGAACAUCGUGAUAGUAUGUUUUUAUUUUUAAAUAGAACGAAUCUAAGUUGUCGUAUAGACAAAAGUUUAAUCGAUCAGUUCAACAAAGAAAGUGAAUACUGGAUAAAAGUAUUUGAAAGAAUAGUUACCGUCAUUAAAUUUAUAGCUGAGAGGGGCUUAUCGUUUCGUGGUCACGUAGAAAAGUUUGGCGAUUGUAGAAAUGGAAAUUUCUUAGGAAUACUAGAACUGAUUUCCGAGUUUGACCCCUUUCUCAAAACGCACAUCGAAAGGUAUGGCGGCAAAGGUAGUGGUCAUGUAUCCUAUCUAUCGAAAACAAUAUAUGAGGAGUUUAUUGAAAUCAUUGGUGGCGAAGUCAAGAAUAAAAUUAUUUGCGAAAUAAAAAAUGCCAAAUAUUAUUCCUUAAUCGUGGAUUCUACACCUGACAUAUCGCACACUGAUCAACUUUCAGUGAUUAUUAGGUAUUGCAUUUCGAAUAAAGUGCAUGAACGUUUUUUGACAUUUCUGCCCAUUUUUAGUCACACUGAGUACUGUAAUUCUAGAAUUUCUCGAUACUCAUGGCAUAAACAUUUUAAAUUGUCGAGGCCAGUCAUACGACAAUGCUAGUAAUAUGUCGGGGAAAUACAGGGGAUUGCAAGCUGAAAUUAGAAACAGAAACAAUCUUGCAUUUUAUGUUCCGUGUGCUGCGCAUUCGCUAAAUCUAGUGGGCCAGUGCAGUGUUGAGGCAUCUACAGAGGCAUCAAGAUACUUCAUGUUUUUACAAAAAUUGUACGCUUUUUUCGCCAAUUCAACUCAUCGGUGGGACGUAUUAACAAGAAAGUUGCAAGAAAAUAAAAAAAAAUUUACGUUGAAAUCACUUUCGUCCACUAGAUGGUCAUGCCGGGAAGAUGCAACAAAAGCUUUGGAAGCUAAUUACGACGAAAUCUACGAUAGUCUUACAGCUAUUCGAGAUGAUCCAAAUGAAAAAAAGGAAACUAAAAUGGAGAGUUCUUCUUUAGUCAACACCCUAGAGAAAUUUGAAACGGCUUUUAUGACCAUAUUUUGGAACACAGUUUUAAACCAACUUGGGGCUGUUAGCAAUACUCUCCAAAAACCUGGCCUAGAUUUAAACACUGGGACACAACUACUGCAAGGAUUACAAACCAGCAUAAAAAAACACCGAGAAAAUUUUGAAUGCUUUGAGGAAAAGACCAAAAAUCUUAGUACUCACGUCGAUUUUCAAUAUUCAAAAAAAAGAUCCGAUUUGAAGAGAAAGUUUCCAGAUGGGCAGUCGUUACAUUUAGAAGGUUCGACAAAAUUUAAAAUAGAGACAUACUAUGUAUCCAUUGACACAUUAGUCUCCGAACUUGAUAAACGACGUGAGGCAUAUAGUGACAUAUCUCGUCUUUUCGGAUUUUUUGGUGAUUUCCGAAAUAUUGAGGAAGAAGAAUUAAGAGAAUGUGCUCGGAAGAUUGUGGACACGUAUAAGGACGACUUGGAUAUCGCUUUGGUUGAAGAGAUUGUAUUUUUCCGCAAUUUCCUAUUGACUAUCCCAAAUUUCGAGAAUUUAGUCCCUAAAAAUAUGCUAGAUAUUAUUGUUGAAAAAGAUUUGAUUUCAGUGUUUCCAAACAUGUAUAUAGUUUUAAGAAUAUAUUUAACACUUGCCGUCACAAACUGCGAAUCAGAAAGAUCGUUUUCAAAAUUAAGUUUUAUAAAAAAUGAAUUAAGAUCUUCAAUGGGGGAAACCAGAUUGGUUUCAUUGGCUAUUUGUUCGAUUGAGCACGAUGUGUUAAGAAGUAUUAAUUUUGAAGAUAUAAUAAAAACCUUUGUUAGAAAUAAACACCGAAAGAAGGCUUUACCGUUUUCCUUUUCUACGUCUUAAAUUUUGCACAUUUAGUUUUAUAAUAAAGAAAUCAUUUACUUCUUCUCGUACUUUUUUAAUGCAUAAACCACUCAUAAGAUUUAAAUUCGUAAUCCUAAUUAGCUGAGGGGGCCCCU